AUGAGGAUAAAUACCAGAAAUUCGUUUGUGCUUCUACUUUUGAUGUUUGCUUUGUUGGAACCAGGAACACCUUAUCCAACACACUCUUCAGAUUGUCAAGAAGGAACAUGCUCUGAUCCUAUGCUUGUGUGGAACACUGAACUUUGUGAUUGCAUAUUCCUCGGAUCUGGACCUUAUGACGACAACUGUUAUUCUAUCGGAUGUGAACCAGGACACAUACCAACAUGGAAUUCCGACGAGCAAGUUGACUGGGAAUUCUGUCAUUGUUACGCUGUUUCUUGCCCAUCGCCGAAAAUUGAAGUUAGAGGAAAAUGCGUUUGUGCAACUGAACAGAAAUGCAGCCAUGACUACUUCUGGGAUGAAGAAUUUUGCAGAUGUGAACCUGUCAACAAAUGUAAUUAA